AUGCAAAGUUGGACUGAAAAGUUGGAUAAUCCAACUCUAAGUGUUAUUCCUCAUGAUUAUCUACGUCCUUUCCAAGAACCAUUCACUCAGCAAGGUUCUUACUCUGUGGCCAUUCCUCAAUUAGACGUACCUGCUCACUUCCCUAAUAAGUACGUUGUGGGUCUCAGCGUUUGGGCGUCCAUAGUGUUCAGAACUACUGGUGACGAUGAUAUCGUUUUAUAUAUUGCUGACAACAAAGUGUUAAGAUUUACCAUUCAGCCUAGCUGGACUUUCCAACAGCUUUAUGACGUGGUUAACAAGGAAUUGCAAUCUUUACCCCCAUCCGAUGGCGUAAAUUUCGAUUCAUUAUCAGAGACGAUCCAAAAGAAUCAAGAUUUGGAAAAGGCUCCCCAGUUAUUCCGCUUAGCGUUUUUAAAAGAUGAUCAUGAUUUCAAUUUAGAACAUUUCAAACACCAUCGUGUUGAUUUUGCCCUAAAUUUGAACACUUUAAAUGGUAAUAGUUCGGUACUUGAAUUCAAAUACAAUGAACUACUGUACUCUUUGGAGAGAAUCUCUAUCAUGGCAGAUCAAUUUUUACAAUUCACAUCUAGUGUGGUGAAAGAUCCUUCGCAAUCUAUUACCGAGAUUUCACUCUUGACACCUGCCACGGAACGUGUAGUACCUAAUCCAAGAGCUGAUUUAAACUGGUCUGGAUUCGUUGGUUGUAUCCACGACAUCUUUCAAGAUAAUGCAGAAAAAUUCCCAGAGAGAACAUGUGUCGUGGAAACACCCCCCUUCCAUUCCACAAAGACUCGUAUUUUUACCUAUAGAGACAUUAAUCGUGCCUCUAAUAUUGUAGCUCACUAUUUGGUAAAAACCGGUAUUAAAAGAGGUGAUGUGGUCAUGAUUUAUUCCUCUCGUGGUGUUGAUCUAAUGGUAUGUGUCAUGGGUGUCUUAAAAGCAGGUGCUACUUUCUCCGUCAUUGAUCCAGCUUAUCCACCAGCUAGACAGAAUAUCUAUUUAGGUGUUGCUAAACCUCGCGGGUUAAUUGUUAUUAAAGCAGCAGGUGAAUUAGAUCAAAUAGUCGAGGAUUACAUCACUAAGGAACUCGAUAUCGUUAGUCGUAUUCCUUCAAUUGCAUUACAGGAUGACGGAUCUUUACAAGGGUCCUUAGGUAGUAACGAUGUUUUGGCUCCUUUCGAACACUUGAAAGAUACCCGUACAAGUGUUGUUGUAGGUCCUGAUUCUAAUCCUACUCUUUCUUUCACUUCUGGUUCUGAAGGUAUCCCUAAAGGUGUCUUGGGUAGACAUUAUUCUUUAGCUUAUUAUUUCUCUUGGAUGUCCAAGCAAUUCAAUUUAUCUGAAAAUGAUAAAUUUACCAUGUUGAGUGGUAUUGCUCAUGAUCCUAUUCAGAGAGAUAUGUUCACACCAUUGUUCUUGGGUGCUCAACUAUAUGUACCAACCCAAGAUGAUAUCGGUACUCCAGGUAAAUUAGCAGAAUGGAUGAGCACGCAUGGCUGCACUGUUACCCAUUUGACUCCAGCUAUGGGUCAAUUGCUAACGGCCCAGGCUGUGGCACCUUUCCCCGAAUUGCACCACGCUUUCUUCGUGGGUGAUAUUUUAACCAAACGUGAUUGUUUGAGAUUACAGACUUUAGCUGAAAACUGCUGCAUUGUCAACAUGUAUGGUACUACUGAAACACAGAGAGCUGUUUCUUUCUUCGAGGUCAAAUCAAGAUCUCAAGAUCCAGAUUUCUUGAAGAGGUUGAAAGACGUCAUGCCAGCUGGUAAAGGUAUGCUCAACGUUCAAGUGCUAAUCGUGAAUAGAAAUGAUCCUACUCAGCUUUGUGGUGUUGGUGAAAUUGGUGAAAUGUAUGUGCGUGCUGGUGGUCUUGCUGAGGGUUACCGUGGUCUUCCAGACUUGAAUAAAGAAAAGUUCGUGGACAACUGGUUUGUUGAGAAAGGUCAUUGGGACAAUUUAGAUAAGGACAAUGGUGAACCAUGGAGGCAAUUCUGGUUCGGUCCUAGAGAUAGGUUGUACAGGACUGGUGAUCUGGGUCGUUACUUACCAGAUGGUAACUGUGAAUGCUGUGGUCGUGCUGAUGACCAAGUCAAGAUCCGUGGUUUCAGAAUCGAACUGGGUGAAAUUGAUACUCACAUUUCCCAGCAUCCUCUUGUUAGAGAAAACAUCACUUUGGUGCGUAAGAACGCUGAGGAUGAACCUACAUUAAUUACCUUCAUGGUCCCCCGAUUCGAUAAACCAGAAGAGCUAUCCAAAUUCCAAAGUGAAGUGCCAGAAUCCGUAAGAUCUAAUCCUGUUGUUAAGGGUUUGGUCGGCUACCAUUUGUUGGCCAAAAAUAUCAAGGAAUUCUUGAAGAAAAGAUUGGCCAACUAUGCCAUCCCAUCAUUGACUAUAGUAUUGGAGAAAUUGCCCUUGAACCCCAAUGGUAAAGUUGACAAGCCUAAGUUGCAAUUCCCUUCUAAGAAAGAUUUGGACUUAGCUGCCGCCAAUACUAUCACGGAUAUCGAUGACUCUGAAUUUUCUCCCGAAGAACGUGAAGUUCGUGAUUUGUGGCUAAGUGUUUUACCAACCAAACCAGCAUCUGUUAGCCCCGAUGAUUCUUUCUUCGAUCUUGGUGGCCAUUCCAUCUUAGCUACCAGAAUGAUUUUCUCCGCAAAGAAGAAGUUAAAUGUGGAUCUUCCUCUGGGCACUAUCUUCAAGUACCCAACCAUCAAACAGUUUGCUGCUGCCAUCUCUGGUGCAGGUGCAGGAUCUGUGGAAUCAGUUCCUACUUCUGCAGGAAUCAACUACGCUAAGGAUGCGGAAGAAUUGGUUAAGACUUUGCCUGCUUCUUAUGCAUCUCGCGAGCCAUUUGUCUCUCCUAAGGAUACCAAGCAAAAGUCUGUCAUAAAUGUUUUCGUCACCGGUGUAACUGGUUUCUUGGGUUCUUAUAUCCUUGCUGACUUGUUAAACCGUUCCACACCAAAUUACGAGAUCAAAGUUUUUGCUCAUGUACGUGCUCAAGAUGAGGCUAAAGGUUUAGAAAGGUUGACCACAGCUGGUCAGACUUACGGUGUUUGGAAUCCAUCUUUUGCCUCUCGUAUCCAGGUGGUUUUGGGUGAUUUAUCCAAACCUCAAUUUGGAUUGACCGAUAGUCGCUGGGCGCAACUAACUAAUGAAAUUGAUGUGAUUAUCCACAAUGGUGCAUUGGUUCAUUGGGUCUUCCCUUAUGACAAGUUGAGAGAUUCAAACGUCAUCUCUACUAUCAAUGUUAUGAAUUUAGCAGCCAGCGGUAAGCCUAAAUUCUUCGACUUCGUCUCGUCCACUUCUACAUUGGAUAAUGAACACUACUUUAAAUUAUCUGAUAAAUUGGUAGCUGAAGGUAAAGUUGGUUUACAAGAAUCAGAUGAUUUGAUGGGAUCUUCCACUGGUCUUGGUGGUGGUUAUGGUCAAUCUAAAUGGGCAGCUGAACAUAUCAUUAGACGUGCUGGUGAAAAGGGAUUACGCGGAUGUAUUGUUAGACCAGGUUAUGUGACAGGUGCAUCAAAGAAUGGAUCUUCAAACACUGAUGAUUUCUUACUACGUCUUUUGAAAGGUGCUGUUCAAUUAGGUAAGGUUCCUGAUAUUAGAAAUUCUACUAACAUGGUGCCGGUAGAUCAUGUCGCUAGAGUCGUUGUAGCAACUGCAUUGAACCCACCAUCUGAGAAUGAAUUCACCGUUGCUCAUGUUACCGCCCAUCCACGUAUUUUAUUGAAAGAUUAUUUAUGUCAAUUAGGCGAAUAUGGAUACAAUGUGGAACUAGUCAGUUAUGACUCUUGGAGACAAACUCUUGAAUCCUGUGUCGUUGAAAAGGGUCAAGAUAAUGCCCUUUACCCAUUAUUACACAUGGUAUUGGAUAACUUACCGGCCAAUACAAUAGCACCUGAAUUAGACGAUGCCAACGCAGUCAAAUCGUUACAAAAAGAUACUAUUUGGUCUGGUGAAGAUGUUAGUAGUGGAAAAGGUGCUACACCUGAACAAAUUGGUAUUUACAUUGCCUUUUUGAUCAAGACCGGAUUUUUAGCACCACCAAAUCAUAAUGGUAAAUUGAGUUUACCAACGAUACACAUCUCUGAUAAACAAUUAGAGUUAAUUUCUUCUGGUGCUGGUGCCCGUAGGUAA